AACCUGAAGAACACACAAGGAAAAUGGGGUUCUAUAACAAAAUGAGUUGGGUCUUGGCUUUUUUAGGGUUUAUGUUCUUGGGUGGGAUUUCCAACGCCAAUGGAGCUAUUCAUCAUUAUGAUUUUGUUCUGAAAGAAACAAAUUUUACAAGGCUUUGCAGCACAAAGAGCAUCUUAACUGUAAAUGGCAGUUUGCCGGGGCCGACGAUCACUGUUCGGAAAGGAGACACUGCUUUUGUCAAUGUCCACAACCAGGGAUUAUAUGGUCUCACAAUUCAUUGGCAUGGAGUGAAGCAACCAAGAAAUCCAUGGUCAGAUGGACCUGAGAACGUAACUCAGUGCCCUAUUCCAGCAGGAACAAACUUUACAUACGAAGUUAUCUUCUCCAAUGAAGAAGGAACUUUAUGGUGGCAUGCUCACAGUGAUUGGACACGUGCCACCGUCUAUGGUGCCAUCGUUAUUCUACCAGCGCUCAACACGACCUAUCCAUUUGCAACACCAGAUGCACAAGAAACACUUGUUCUAGCCUCCUGGUUCAAGGGAGAUGUGAUGGAAAUAAUUGAAGAGGCUCUCGCAUCAGGUGGCGAUCCAAACAUCUCAGAUGCCUUCCUAAUCAAUGGCCAGCCCGGAGAUUUGUAUGAUUGUUCCAAUGAAACAACAUAUCGUUUGUUGGUUGAUUAUGGAAAGACCUAUCUUCUCCGAGUCAUCAAUGCCGUGAUGAACGAAGAACAAUUCUUUGCCAUUGCCAACCACACCCUCACAGUGGUAGCUCAAGAUGCUGCCUACAUAAAACCUAUAACCACCUCUUACAUCAUGAUAACUCCAGGCCAAACCAUGGACAUUUUGGUCACUGCAAACCAGCCUCUCAGCCACUAUUACAUUGCUUCUAAGGCUUUUGUUGAUGGGGUCGUUCCAUUCAACAACAGCACCACCACUGCCAUUGUUCAAUACAACGGCAACUACAGCGCCCCAUCCACCCCUUCCUUUCCGACUCUUCCCGAUUACGACAACCAAACGGCCGCUGACAACUUCACUAACCAAAUAAGGGCAUUGGCAAGCAAAGAACACCCUAUUAGUGUCCCAUUAGAAAUCCAUUCAAAGAUCAUUAUCUCUAUUGCCAUAAAUGAGAGAAUUUGUCCCAACUCUAAUUGUAGUGGCCCGAAUAACAAUGCGAUUUCUGCAAGUUUAAACAACAUCAGUUUCGAGCUCCCAUCUAUUGACAUAUUGCAAGCAUACUAUGGGGGAAAUAACAAUGGAGUUUAUAGAACUAGUUUCCCGAAUAAGCCACCUUAUUAUUUCAACUUCACCGGAGACGUCGGUAACAACACACUAUACCCGAACUUUGGGACGAGAGUGAGGAUGAUCAAAUAUGGUGAAGGAGUUGAGAUAGUCUUCCAAGGGACCAACAUCAUUGCCCCUGAGAACCAUCCAAUGCAUCUCCAUGGUUUCAGCUUCUAUGUGGUUGGAACUGGCUAUGGGAACUUCAACAGUACGACGUCGCCUAAGACCUACAAUUUGGAUGAUCCACCAGAAGUAAACACUAUUGGAGUUCCAAAGAAUGGAUGGACUGCCAUCAGAUUUGUAGCUGACAAUCCUGGAGUAUGGUUCAUGCACUGCCAUUUGGAAAGGCAUUCCAGCUGGGGAAUGGACACUGUGCUCAUUGUGAGGAAUGGAAACACUACUGAAAGCACGAUUCGCCCACCACCUCCAGCAAUGGCAGGAGGAAGAAGAAAGAAGAAAAAGAUGGAGAUUAAAGACACCAAUUUCACAAAGUUAUGUAGCACGAAGAGUGCAUUGACUGUGAAUGAGAGCUUUCCAGGGCCGAUCAUCCGAGCUCAAAAAGGGGAUACGGUCUACGUGAAUGUUUACAAUGAAGGAAGAUAUGGUGUCACUCUACACUGGCAUGGAAUAAAGCAACCAAGAAACCCGUGGUUCGAUGGACCUGAGUAUGUUACACAAUGCCCUAUUCAACCAGGAACAAACUUCACCUACCAAAUUUUACUUUCUUCAGAAGAAGGUACGUUGUUUUGGCAUGCCCACAGCGAUUGGAGUAGGGCUACAGUGCAUGGAGCCUUUGUCAUCUUGCCAGCAAAUGGUACCAGUUAUCCAUUUCCAAAGCCAGAUGGAGAACAAGUUAUUUUAUUUGCAUCAUGGUAUAAAGAGGAUGUAAUGACAUUGUUGGAUGAGACUCUCAAAUCUGGUGGACUAACAACAUCGUCAGAUUCUUAUACCAUCAACGGCGAACCUGGAGACUUUUAUUUAUGCUCCAACGAAACAACAUAUCGAAUGUCGGUUGAUUAUGGAAAGACCUAUCUUCUCCGAAUAGUGAAUUCGGUACAAAAUGUAGACAUGUUCUUUGCCAUUGCCGAUCACAAUCUCACAGUUGUAGGAGCGGAUGGUGCCUAUGUCAAACCUAUAGUUACCUCCUACAUAAUGAUCACCCCAGGACAAACAAUGGAUGUUUUAGUCACAGCAAAGCAAUCCCUUGGCCUUUACUAUAUGCUUGCAAGCCCUUACUAUGAUGGAGAGGCUGAUGACUUUGACAAAAGCAUGGCCAGUGCCAUAUUCCAAUACAACGGAAACUACACUCCUCCAUCAUCACCCAUCUAUCCAACCUACCUUCCUGGUUAUUACGACAUCGAUUCUGCGAGAAAAUUUGUUACACAAUUCAGGAGUUUGGCAUCUGCAGAGCAUCCGGUUGACGUUCCUCUAAAUGUCACCACCCGAAUGUUUAUAACCAUUUCUAUUGGCAUGCUGCACUGUCCAAACAACUCAUGUGCUGGGCCUGAAGGAAACAGGAUUGCUUCUGGCUUAAACAACAUCAGCUUUGCCGACCCUGCUGUUGAUGUGUUGCAAGCAUACUACAGGAACAUAAGUGGAUAUUACGACGCAAGUUUUCCAGACGAACCACCUAAUCUAUUCAACUUCACCGCAGAGGACUUGACAACAGACAAUUACACCAUAACCAGUCGGGCUACGAGGGUGAAGAUGUUGGAUUAUAAUGCCACAGUGGAGAUAAUAUUCCAAGGGACUAAUAUCAUGGAUUCAGGAGAGAAUCAUCCAGUUCAUUUGCAUGGAUUCAGAUUUUAUGUCAUCGGAUCUGGUUUAGGAAAUUUCAACAACGUGACCGAUCCAUUAACUUACAACUUGGUUGAUCCACCUGAAGUUAAUACCUUCCCAGUCCCUAAGGACGGUUGGGCCACCAUCAGAUUCAUAGCCAACAAUCCAGGGGUGUGGUUCAUGCACUGUCAUUUUGAUCGACAUAUGAGCUGGGGAAUGGAUACUGUUUUCAUCGUUAAGAAUGGAGGGACCAAUGAAACAAGUAUUCGUCCUCCGCCAGAUUACUUGCCGGCUUGUAGCAAAAAUUCACUGUUUGGUGCCGAUCAGUCGAUGUUGCAGAUGGGAGAGUGA